AUGAUAAAUGAAAUUUCAGCCCCUGGUGAGAGCUUCCCUUCUCGUCGUCUCCUUGGCGUAGUGGAGAGUAGUACCAGGAACUGCACACCACCAGCAAUUCUAGAAUUUCCUUCAGAUGGACUGACCCGCGCACAAAGAAAAAGUGGGCUUAUAAUAAUCCACUGCGUGCUGGCGGUGUACUGUUUCCUACUGUUGGGCACUGUCUGCGAACAGUACUUCGUGCUGGCUAUCGAGAUCAUCUGUGAACGUCUUGACAUGGAGUCAGACGUGGCGGGCGCCACGUUCAUGGCGGCUGCAAGCUCUAGCCCGGAGCUGUUCAUCAACUGCGUGGGUACAUUCGUAACGGAAGGCGACCUAGGAGUUGGUGCUAUCGUGGGCUCUGCAGUGUUCAACGUGCUAGCAGUUCCUGCCUGUUGUGCCCUAGUAGCUGCCAGGACAGUAGAGCUGGACUGGUGGUCGGUGUCUCGCGAUUGCCUCAUGUACGCGGUGGCAGUGGUGGCGCUCAUCCUCACGCUACUGGACAACGUCAUCCACUGGCACGAGGCCUUGCUGCUGGUCCUCAUGUACACUUUGUAUAUAUUAGCAAUGGUUUUCAAUGGACGCCUCGGAAGUUUCGUUCGGAGCGGUUGCUGCUACAUCAACAAACCUAAGGAGUUCACUGAAAUCACUCCACUACUCGCUCAAGAAAAGUGCAAUCAGAUGGACUUGUCACACAAAGUCACGCAAAGUGGAAAUCAUUAUAACGAUCUGGAGCAAGGAUUUAUCCUUAAUAAGAGAAGCUCGACUGACUCGGAAACAAGUCUGAGCUCACUGCUGUCGUGGCCGGGCGAGAAGGCGUCGACCGCACGUAAGGCACUGUGGGUGGCCGCGUUACCCAUCAGCUUGAUUCUGUGGGUCACUAUACCGGACUGCAGACAUCGCCCUUCUUUCUAUCCUCUCACCUUCAUGAUGUGCGUGGCUUGGAUUGGCGGCGUCUCCUACCUCGUAGCAUGGAUUAUCACUAUACUAGGUGAUACCCUCAACGUCCCUGACAGUAUCACGGGUCUGACCAUCCUAGCGGCAGGCACCAGCCUACCUGAAGCUGUUUCCAGCGUGCUCGUUACCAACCAAGGGCACGGAACUAUGGGCAUCAGCAACUCCAUAGGUUCCAACACGUUCGACAUCCUGCUGUGCCUCGGCCUGCCCUGGUUGAUCAAGACCCUAUUCUAUCCGUCAACACCUGGGAACAACUGGAUAAAAAUAAACUCCAGCGGGCUUUCGUAUAGCGCCAUAUCACUCCUCUCCACUCUGUUCACGCUGUACGGUUCCCUCGCGCUCAACAAGUUCCGGUUGGACUGGAAGAUAGGCGUCACUUGCGCUCUCGUGUACGCAGGCUUCCUUGUAAUGGCAGCACUGAUCGAACUAAAUGUGCUCUUCGUUGUCAACUUGCCCAUUUGUCCACAUUAG